CUGAGCUACAGCGCUGCGCUCCCGGAUCAGGACUGAUCUCCGGCUUAACGGACGGGUGUUUAUCGAGUCGCUGUUUAAGGUCCAGUGACGUAAAUACUACAGCCAAUCAGCACGAGGCGCUAAUCAGCGUGUCGCUGUUCUUUCAGCACCGCGGCGCGCGCCACGCUCAGCAAGCUAAAAGGAAAAGUCUCGCCAGCUGGACGCGCUCGUGCGUGAAUGAACCCAAGACUCCGGCGGCUUACUGGACGAAGUAGUUUGAGUAAGCUGAGCAGAAAGCUCUUAACGAGGCCCUCUUCUUCGGUUAUGGUCGUCUAGAUCGCCGUAGCUCCACUCGCGUGAGUUUAAGUUGAACUUUUUCGCGAAGAAAGACUUUUUUUCUCUGAAAAUGAAUCUCGCCGUCGUCUUGACGGGCAUCUUCACGCUCGCACGUGUGCAAGCCGUCCACGGACAAGGAGACAAGGGAACCCGUUUUCUCUGCACGGCUGUCUCCAUUGACAAGGACACAAACUGCCCGGUACCACCCGCGUCCGUCCAGAGCACUUCGGCUCAGGAAGAGGAGCUGAGGAACACGGUCAUGCAGCUUAGAGAAACCAUCCUGCAGCAAAAGGAGACGAUUGUAAACCAGCUGGGAACCAUCAAGGAGCUGACUUACAAACUGUCCCGGUGUGAAUCUGCCUCUGAUGACUCCGGGUCGUGGAAGAGCAGUAAAGAUACGAUGGACGACGUGCCACGAGAUCCAAAUGAAACCGUAGACGCCCUCGGGAAGACCAUGCAGAGCCUGAAGGACCGCCUACAGAAUCUGGAGCAACAGCAGAUGCGAGCCAAUCUCUCUGGUGCUUCAUUUCCCAAUGAGCUGAGAGACCUGCUACAGCGCAGGCUGGGUGACCUGGAGAGCCAGUUGCUGAAGAAAGUCAAUGAACUGGAGGAAGAAAAAUCACAGCUGUAUAACGAGACGGCUGCCCAUCGCCAGCGCACUGAGAACACCCUCAACUCCCUCAUGAACAGGAUUUCUGACCUGGAAAAAGGUAAUACAGGCUUCAGAUCCCCUGAGGAUUUCAAACUCUCCUUACCUCUACGCACAAACUACCUUUUUGGAAGAGUGAAGAAGAGCCUGCCAGAAAUGUACGCCUUCACUGUGUGCAUGUGGAUCAAGUCCAGUGCCAGCCCUGGCAUCGGGACCCCUUUCUCCUAUGGGGUACCUGGGCAGGCCAAUGAGAUUGUGCUGAUUGAAUGGGGAAACAAUCCCAUGGAGCUGCUCAUCAAUGACAAAGUGGCACAGUUGCCUCUGUCUUUGAGUGAUGGGAGAUGGCACCACAUCUGCAUCACUUGGACCACCAGAGAUGGGCUGUGGGAGGCUUAUCAGGAUGGUCAGCGGCUAGGCUCAGGGGAGAACCUGGCCCCAUGGCACCCUAUCAAACCUGAUGGAGUCCUAAUUCUAGGACAGGAACAGGAUGUGGUCGGGGGGCGCUUUGAUGCCACCCAGGCCUUCGUUGGAGAACUGAGUCAUUUCAACAUCUGGGACCGGGUCCUACGGCCCAUAGACAUAAGCAACAUGGCCAACUGCUCUGCCUACAUGCCUGGCAAUGUGGUGGCCUGGGCUGACGGCGAUGUGGAGGUGUUUGGCGGGGCCUCUAAGUGGCCACUAGAGUUGUGUGAAGACAGGCUCUUUGACAAUUAAAGGGUUUUGGAAAAUUAAAAAAAGAAACAUUUGUCCUUCAGAGAGACAUUGUGUUCUGUGUCUCUGUCCAUGUGCUUUGUAGUGACGACCAAGUUUUGCAUAUUCUUUGUUAGCUUGAAUAUCAAACAAAUCCACCCCAUAAAGCAAUUUGGAAAGUUCUCUGUGGCUCUCUCUGUCUCUGUCUCUUUCUCUCUCUCUCUUUCAUUCUAAAGCUGUGGAUCUGACUGUUGAAAACAUGCUUGCUGCUCUUGUUGGCCAGAGGCUGGCAGAUUAGCGUUGAAUGUUCUCACCUUCAUUUGUAUCCCCUGGGCUUUCGAUCAUCACCUGCUGUCCUUCACUGUUGAAUUAAGAGAGAUACUCUUAAUACUUCACAUUUAUCAGCUCAUAACAUGGUAAAACAAACUUUUUAUUGUUUUCUGCUUUUUAAAUAGGAGCUUAAUGUAUAUAAGCACUGUUAAAAUUUCAUAACAUACCAAUAACUCCAUUGACCAUAUCGUUCAUAUAGUUCAAAUAUUAAGCUGCUAUUUUUGUGAUGUCACAAAAACCAAUAUAUUUAUGUAUAUCCACCUAUUAAGCCUACAGCAGUUUAGCCCUGCACAUUCAUGCAGGUUCAGCUCAGAUUGCUUUUUUAAUAAGGCACGAUAAAAAGCAGACAAUCAACACAGAGGUCAUUUACAUACGUUAGUCUUAAAGGCACAGUAAAAAAACUGCUUGUUAAAUUUUAAAGUAUAAAGAGAUAUUUGGAAAUGGUCAUGUAACUAUUCACAAAUGAAGUGUCACAAAUGUCUUAAGUGAACUGCAAGUAAAAAAAAAAAAGUAUAAAUCUAAAAUACAAGAAGAAUGUAGGAUAUAGGCCCCUUAAUUUCAAUUACAGCAGUAGAAAAUGGCAUCAUUGUGUUACAGAACAAAACGUUACUUGCUAACCUUUGGUAUAAUAUCCAUUAAUAUGUAAUUGCCAUGGUUUUUAUUAAAAUACCCAAAUUAGUAGGUCUAUUUAUUGUUUCUUUCUUUGUUUGUUCACUGACUAAUGGAUAAAUAAAUGAAAGUAAAAUUAAUUAAAUGCAUAAUCUAGGGCACCUAUUGUUCUGACCAGAUAACCACACGAUUCACUGAUUCAUGAAUGUGUUAUUUUAAAAGCCAAUUGCUUUUGUUCAGUAAUUGAAACACCCAAAAUUGUCUAGCAACAAAGUACUUAACCAAAUCCACACUCUAUAUUUGCAUCAUCUGAUUUAAUUGCAUAUGUAUUUUGUCAUAUUUUUGUACUUUUUUGAGACAGCAGCACAUUGUAACUUAAAUAAUUAUAAAUGGAAACUUAUACUGUGUUUUUUGUUUGUUUGCUUGUUUUUCUCUGGUGUAUUAUGUUCAGUUUUGGUUUUGUAGUUUUGUGUUAUAAGAUUAAUGAAAUGUUUUGAGUUGUAUGAAAGGCCUUUUAUUGUAAAGUCAAGUGCCAAUCGUUUUGAGGUUUUGCUUAAAUUGCUGACUUGCUGUUUGCCAAUGAGAGAAAGAAUCAACAUUUCAGAAAAAUAAAAUGGCUUUAAAACUUUCA